AUGUCUGAUAGGCCCAAAAAACAACGUGUCGAUAAUGUUGACUCGGUUGCGCUACAGAAGGAACGUAACAAACGCUAUUACGCUGCAAGAAAAGCCGCUAACGAGUUACGUAAUCGCACACCUCCCGAUCACACUCCAUCUGUUCUUGUCACAUCUUUCACAUCUGCUAUACCAGUUGGACCCUCUGCGUCACAGCAUCCACACAAUCAAACACCCCCUCCACGCAGGAAUCGGAUCAAACCAAAUUCACACUACUCAGGUCCUCAAGCAGAGCCACAUACACCACUGACUCGCUUCCCACACAUUAUUGAUAACACACCACUCAUAGAUCCAAGCACGGCACACGAUCCAUAUAACUUUGUUUUCGAAGGCCUCCCCACAUCACACCGUAUCCUAAAGGAGAUGACCCCCUGCCCUCGCUGUGCCGCAAAACGCUUCCCUUUUGAAUUCCCAACCUUUUGCUGCAUGGAAGGAAAAACAGUCCUUGCACACACCGACAUUCCAGAACAACUACACCAUUUAUACACAACACAAGAAGACAUUGGCAGGGUUUUUAGAGAAAACAUACGCGCCUACAACACCAACUUCUCUUUCGCUUCAAUGGGUGUCUCGUUAGAUGAAACAAUGACCAACAUGACAGGGGGUGUCUACACCUUCCGUGCCCACAAAGGAAUAUAUCACAAAAUAGACCAACUUGUUUCACGGGAUGGCACACCCAGAUACUUACAGCUAUAUUUUUAUGACCCUGAUACGGAGUUAGAACAUCGGUUGCGCUGGCCAAAUUUAGAUGGUACUAUUACUAGAAUUCUUACGCAAGCUCUUUCCACAAACCCUUACAUGAUAACCUUCCGCCGCCUAGCCGACCUAGGCCCCCUAGACAAGUACAGGAUUACCAUAAAUGCUUCGGUUGAACUCGAUCAACGUGUCUACAACCGACCUACCACAUCUGAGGUGGCUGGUAUUUGGGUAGAAGGUAAUGACAAUAUCACCGCAUACAAAAGGAGUAUCAUUGUUUAUGGCAGGUCUGAACAUCAACAAACUAUUCAACCAUACUACAGUUGCUACGACCCACUGUCAUACCCUCUAUUCUUUCCCAAUGGUGAGCCCGGAUGGCAUUCAAAUAUACCACGACGUGGAGUAGUCGCCACUGAAACCCAAAACAAUCAGAACACCAUGGAGGACGACAUAGACGAGCUGGAUACACGAAGAUCCAGGACAACUGUUGCUAUGCGAGAAUACUAUUGCUACAGGUUCCAAGUCCGACCAACUGCAAACAUACUGCUUCUGGGUGGCAGGUUGCUACAACAGUUUACAGUUGACGUCUACAUAAAAGUAGAGACAUCGCGGUUACAUUACUAUGAACGCAACCAACCUAGAAUAAGGGCAGAACUAUACCAGGGAAUUGUGGAUUGCGUCAAUGCCGGUGACGCUCACCCGACCACAAUUGGCAGGCGUAUCGUCCUUCCUGCAUCUUUCAUUGGUGGUCCUCGCGACAUGCGUCGUCGCUUCCUAGAUGCAAUGACAUUAGUACAAGAUGAUGGGAAACCAGAUUUGUUUUUAACAAUCACAUGUAAUCCACAAUGGCCUGAGAUUUCUCUGAAUUUACACCCUGGGCAGACUGCACAAGACCGCCCGGAUCUUGUUUCCAGAGUUUUCCGUGCAAAAUUGGAGGAUCUUAAGGAACAACUCUUUAAAAAACACAUUUUCGGCGAGGUGCGAGCACACGUUUACGUAAUUGAGUUCCAGAAACGUGGUUUGCCGCAUGCCCAUUUCCUUCUUAUGAUGUACCCACAGUACAAAAUCAUUAACCCAGAUCAAUAUGAUAAGUUUGUGUGUGCUGAAAUCCCAGACAUCCAAAGGCAUCCCCAACUGCAUGCCGUCGUUGUCAAAAACAUGAUACAUGGACCCUGUGGAACCCUCCGCAUGAACAGCCCUUGCAUGCAAGGGGAUCCUAAAAAAUGUCGCUUCCAUUAUCCAAGGCAGUUUAAUGACCAUACAACACAGGGAGACGACGCAUAUCCCCUAUAUCGAAGACGCAACAACGGCAUCAAACUGGACAUAAGGGGGAAAACACUAGACAAUAGAUGGGUAGUUCCAUACAAUCCAACGUUGCUUAUGAUGUUCAACUGCCAUAUUAAUGUCGAGAUAUGCUCCAGUGUAAAAUCCGUGAAAUAUCUAUUCAAAUAUAUCUACAAGGGCCAUGACAAACAGGUCAUACAAAUAGAUCCAGAUGCAAAUGACGUUGUUAUCAAUGAAAUAAAACGAUUUCAGGAUGCACGCUACGUAUCACCACCUGAGGCAAUGUGGCGUAUUUUUUCGUUCCCUCUCUCUCAAAUCUACCCUGCUGUUUUAGCCUUACAACUUCACCUCCCUAAAAAUCACUCCGUAACCUUUACAAACACCGACAUAAUGUCUGAAGUUAUACACAGGGAAAGGGAUAAAAAUACCAUGCUCACUGCUUUUUUUGAGAAAAAUAGGCAGGACCCAACAGCUAGACAAUAUCUGUACAAAGAUUUCCCAGCCCACUACACAUGGAAUAAAGGCGACGCGAUUUGGAAAACUCGUAAAAUUAAGCCACGAAGAGGGCGAAUUGUUUCUGCAAAUCCGGCUGAAGGAGAACGAUACUACUUACGACUUCUUUUGACACAUAUCAGGGGGCCUACUUCGUUUGAACAUCUUCGUACGAUACAAGGUGUUGAACACCCUACUUUCCGUAAAGCCGCUUUAGAGAAAGGCUUAAUUGAAAAUGACAACAGUUUAUCACAAUGUCUUCAUGAAGCCGCCGUAUUUCAAUUCCCAACCGCGUUGCGAAGGUUAUUUGCAACCAUAUUAGUUUUCUGUGAACCAGGUGAUGUUCGCCAACUAUGGGUUGAUCAUUUUGACACACUUUCCGAAGACCAUCAACGGCAUUCUCAAAACAAGGCACACAUCCAAAAUUUGGUUCUACAGGAAAUCGGCUCAUACCUAGAAUCUAUGGGUAAAACACUAUUUGACUUUGACCUCCCUCCUAUGUCAAAUGACGUAACCACAGUUGACGUAACCCACCGUGACACACAAGAUGAAUUAAACAUAAUUGUUGACCCGGCACACUUACAUGCACAACACACCCUCAACCCCGACCAACAAAGUGUCUUUCACGAAGUCAUGCACCACGUUAACCGUAACCUACCAGGGGUCUUCUUCAUAGACGGCCCAGGUGGAACAGGAAAAACCUACUUGUACAACGCACUGCUCGCUGAGGUCCGUUCACGUGGCCUCAUUGCGCUUGCAACGGCUUCGUCAGGCGUUGCGGCAAAUAACAUGCCGGGUGGUAGAACGGCCCACUCUAGAUUCAAAAUUCCAAUAAACUUAACUAACAACUGCAUGUGCAGCAUAAAAAAACAAAGUGGUGCUGCUCGCCUCAUUAACUCGGCGAGACUGAUCAUUUGGGAUGAAGCAUCGAUGGCCAACCGACAAUCCAUAGAAGCAGUCGACCGCACCUUACAAGACAUCACCGGCAUAACUCUCCCAUUUGGUGGAAAGAUAAUGGUAAUGGGAGGAGACUUCAGGCAAGUGCUGCCCGUUAUAAAAAAAGGCACACGAGCACAGAUCGUAGACGCUAGCCUGCGCAUGUCACCUCUUUGGUCAUUGACUAAGAGGAUGCAGUUGUCGAUAAAUAUGAGGGCCAUCAACGAUCCAUGGUACUCACAGUUCCUAUUACGAGUAGGCGACGGAACUGAACCCACAAUAGAUGGAGCAUUCAUUAAAAUCCCAGAAGACAUGGCAAUUCCGUUUACAACUAGGGAUAACUCGAUCAAAGAACUCAUUAAAGCCAUCUUCCCGUCUCUACAUACAAAUGCCGAAUCCUCUGAUUGUAUAACUUCACGAGCAAUCUUAACAACUAAAAAUGAAAAUGUCGACGAGAUCAAUGACCAUAUCAUCGGCAUUUUCCAAGGUGAAGAAAAACUAUACUACAGUUUUGACACAGCGGAGGACGACCAAAAAAACCUAUAUCCAACCGACUUUCUAAACUCACUAACAAUCAGCGGGUUGCCGCCCCACAAGCUUCGUCUCAAAACUGGAUGCCCUAUUAUAUUGCUCCGAAACAUCGACCCGCCAAACGGCCUAUGCAAUGGCACUAGACUUAUAUGUAGAGCAUUCGGACACAACGUCAUUGACGCAGAAAUAGCAAUCGGUGACCAUAGCGGGAAAAGAGUUUUCCUACCAAGAAUACCCAUGACUCUACCUGAAGACAAUAUGUUCCCAUUCAAACUAAAGAGAAAACAAUUCCCGGUACGACUUAGCUUCUCAAUGACAAUCAAUAAAUCACAGGGCCAAACAAUACCCUACGUUGGAAUUUACCUCCCAGAAUCUGUAUUCUCACAUGGCCAGCUUUACGUGGCACUAUCAAGAAGCAAAUCACGACAAAACACAAAGGUUCUGGUCCACCCCGCAAAAAGGUUUACACAACCCGGGAUUCACACCUCCAACGUUGUCUAUCGCGAAGUUUUGCAACCCUGA